UCCUGGGAGCGGGAGCGGGGCUGCAGCCGAGCGAGCGCGAGCCGGGCGCCCCCCGAGGACCACCCCUCCUCCCCGGCCGCCCCGAGACCCCCGGCGCGCAGUGGCCUCCGGACCCCCGGCGCCGGGCGGGAGGGCUGCAGGUCGGCGCAGGGGCCCCUGUCCCCACCCUCGCGGGAAGGAAGCACCCCCGAACUGCAGGGCGAGGCGAGGCGAGGAGCGCUCGCUGGCCGGCGGGGAGGCGCGCCCAUGCCGAGCCGCUCCGCGCCCACCAUGCCCACCAUGCCCGGGAUGGUGCACAAGAACCCCGACCUCGAGUUCGACUCGCUGCAGCCCUGCUUCUACCCCGACGAGGACGACUUCUACUUCGGGGGCCCUGACUCCACGCCCCCGGGGGAGGACAUCUGGAAGAAGUUUGAGCUGCUGCCGACCCCCCCUCUGUCACCCAGCCGCGCCUUCCAGGAGCAAGUCCUGGACACCGCCUCCUGGACCACGGAGAUGCUGCUGCCCGAGGCCGACCUGUGGGGCAGCCCGGCCGACGAGGACGCCUUCGGCCUGGGGGGCCUGGGCGGUCUCACCCCCAACCCGGUGAUCCUGCAGGACUGUAUGUGGAGCGGUUUCUCGGCCCGGGAGAAGCUGGAGCGAGCCGUGAGCGAGAAGCUGCAGCUGGGCCGCGGGCAGCCCCCCGCCGCGCCCGCGCCCGCCUCCUCCGGGGGGGCCUCCAGUCCUGCCGCGGGCCGCGCCCCCGCCGCCCUGCCAGCCCCGCUCGCGCCCCCGCCGGCCGAGUGCGUGGACCCCGCGGUGGUCUUCCCCUUCCCGGUCACCAAGCGCGAGCCGGCGCCCAGCGCCCCGGCCGGGCCCCCCGGGGUGGGCACAGCGGCCCCCCAAGGGGCGAGCGCCCCGACCCCGGCCCGCACCCCGGGCGCCGCCUCCCAGCGCGCCGGCGACAAGGCUCUCAGCACCUCGGGAGAGGACACCCUGAGCGACUCAGACGAUGAAGAGGAUGAGGAGGAAGACGAGGAGGAGGAAAUCGACGUGGUGACGGUGGAGAGGAGACGCUCGUCAUCCAGCCCCCACAGCAAGGCCGUCACCACCUUCACCAUCACCGUGCGCCCCAAGAGCGCCGCUGCACCCUUCGCACCCUUGGGUGCCAGCCGCACCCAGCCGGCCAGCGGCGGCGAGCUGAUCCUCAAACGCUGCGUCCCCAUCCACCAGCAGCACAACUACGCGGCCCCGUCUCCCUUCGUGGAGAACGAGGACGCGCCGCCCCAGAAGAAGAUGAGAAGCGAGGUGUCCCCCAGGCCCCCCAGGAGCGGGGGCGCAGCCGCCGCCGCCUCCUCCUCCUCCGCGCCGCCCAAGCCCAAGAAUCUGAGCCCCCGCAACUCUGACUCGGAGGACAGCGAGCGCCGCCGCAACCACAACAUCUUGGAGCGCCAGCGCCGCAACGACCUGCGGUCCAGCUUCCUCACCCUCAGGGACCAUGUACCCGAGCUGGUGAGCAACGACAAGGCGGCCAAAGUGGUCAUCCUCAAGAAGGCCACCGACUACGUGCUCGCCCUGCAGGCCGAGGAGAGCCGGCUACUGCAGGUCAAGGAGAAGCUGCAGGCCCGCCAGAAACACCUGCUCAAGCGGAUGGAGGCCGCGCGGACUUGCUAAAAACAGAAACAACAGCAACAACAGAAGGAAAAGAAAAAAAAAAAAAAAAAAAAAAAGAACGGUUCUCACCCAUCCCGGACAGACUCUGCCACUUUGCACAUUUUUUUUUUUAAAAAAAGAACCUUGUGUUGACAUUAAGAAUGUGGGUUUUUACCUUCCAUUCCUGCUUCCCUCCUUCUUCCUCUUCGUCCUCCUCUUCCUCUUCUUCCACCCCACCCGGGGAGUUUUCAGCAGCCUGGGUCGGGAACCCAGGACUUUUGCGGGCUUCUGGGGUGAAGGAGAGGAGGACUGGAAGUCUCCUGCCGCCCCCUUGCUCCUCCGACACUGGUCGCAGUGACACUUGGGCUGUGGAAGGCGGUCACCUUGGCUGAUUCUCAAGUCUUCCAGACAACAGAAUCAUCUUUCCUUUUUUUUUUUUUUAAAGGGGGAAAAAAAAUGGUGCUUAAGUUCCAACAGAUGCCAUGAUGGGGUUUGCCUUUAAAGAAACCCCCAGGGAACACAUGUAAAUACCACUGACACACCACAGCUGUUUUUUUCUUUCUUUCUUUUUUUUUUUUUUGUAUGCGCCCUGGGUAAUGAGGUGGCUUUCGUGGCCAGUUUCAGACUGGAAGUUCAUACCUAAGUACUGUAAUACCUCAAUGUUUGAGGGGCAUGUUUUGCAUACAGAUAUAUUGUUGGCCUCUUCUGUACUGUACUAAUUCUUACACUGCCUGCAUACUCUAGUAUGAUGUUGAAACAAACUAAAUUUGAUACUUAUAUUUUCGUAUGAAAAUGAGUUGGGAAAGUUUUGAGUAGAUAUUACUUUAUCACUUUUUGAACUAAGAAACUUUUGUAAAGAAAUUUACUAUAUAUAUAUGCCUUUUUUUUUUCCUAGCCUGUUUUUUUUUUUUUUUUUCUUCCUGUUAAUGUAUUUGUUCAUGUUUUGGUGCAUAGAACUGGGUAAAUGCAAAGUUCUGUGUUUAAUUUCUUCAAAAUGUAUAUAUUUAGUGCUGCAUCUUAUAGCACUUUGAAAUACCUCAUGUUUAUGAAAAUAAAUAGCAAUUAAAUGAU